AUGCGUUCCGCCAGUGAUAUUAAGGCAGAUCAAGAUAAGAAGCUGUUUGUCGGUGGAUUGCACCAUUCUACUACUGAAGGUCAGUUGCGCGAGUUUUACUCACAGUGGGGCGAAAUUACCGAUGUUGUGGUCAUGAAAGAUCAGAGAACUGGUAAAUCUCGUGGGUUCGGGUUUGUCACAUUUGCCGAAUCCUCUUCGGUGGAUGCUGCACAAGCGGCUCGUCCGCAUACUAUCGAUGGGAAAACUAUUGAUUCCAAGCGGGCCAUGCCUCGUGAGGAAACGAGUCCUGAAGUUCAUGCUGCCGUUAAGAAGAUUUUUGUUGGGGCUUUGAAAAAGGAUGUGACAAACGAGGACCUGUCACAGUAUUUUUCGCAAUUUGGAACCGUGGUGGAUGCCUCUGUGGUCAUGUCGAAAGAUAGGAAUGAGUCUCGAGGAUUCGCUUUUGUCACAUUUGAUGAUACAGAUGCAGUAGAUAAAGUCAUUCUUUCCAAACCGCAUAGUAUCAAUGAAAAUAAGAUUGAUGUUCGGAAAGCACUGAGCAAAGACGAGAUGAACCGCAUUCGAGCUCGUCCUCCUCGGCCUGAUCCUCGUCAGUCCUGGGGCAACGAUAACUCAUGGAGUGGUCAUCGUUAUGAUAAUGGGUAUAAUCAGGCUUAUGGCUAUCAAGGUUAUGGAAAUUACGGUAAUGGAGGUGGUUAUGGUUAUCCUCAAGGAUAUGGUUAUGGCGACCUUCCACCUUCUUGGGGACCUAGCUCAAAUGGAGACAGCAGUUUUGGUUCUUAUCAGCAGUCUUAUGGUGGUGGUCCCAUGCGUGGAGGUCCGCAGCCUUAUCCUAGAUCUGCACCCUAUGGUCAAAUGGUUUCGCACCCAGUCUGGUUGUGGAGCUCCGGUGGGAUGGCCUCUGGCGUCGCCGGCAUUGGGCGGCCGGGCGGUUUUAGGGGGGCGUUGGGCGGGCCGGCGCUGUCGUGGAGAAUGAAGCCCCAAGGGGAUGCAAAGGAGGAUCAAGGCAAGAAGUUAUUUGUUGGUGGUAUCAAUCACAAGACUGAGGAGAAAUCUUUAAGGGAGUAUUUUUCCAAAUAUGGUGAAAUUGUUGACGUUGUUGUAAUGAAAGACUCGCAUACUGGAAAACCCAGAGGUUUUGGUUUUAUUACAUUCAAGGAUGCCUCUGCCGUUGAUGCUGCUCAGAAUGCACGUCCACACACUCUCGACGGGAAGGAAAUUGAUACGAAACGGGCGAUGCCACGUGAGGAAAGUAGUCCAGAAGUACAUGCUGCGGUGAAGAAAAUCUUUGUUGGUGCUCUUAAAAAGGAUAUUACCAGCGAAGAUUUAAAUGAGUAUUUCUCUACCUUUGGCACGAUUGUUGAGGCUUCUGUUGUAAUGGCAAAAGAAACAAAUGAAUCUCGUGGCUUUGGUUUUGUUACAUUUGAUGAUACUGAUGCAGUGGAUAAGGUUAUUCUUGGUCGUCCGCAUACUAUUAAAGACCAUAAAAUCGAUGUCCGCAAAGCUCUCAGUAAGGAGGAGAUGGGCAGACUUAGAUCGCGCCCUCCACGUCAAGGACCAAACUUUUGGAACCAGGGCCCUCCUGAUUACCGUCAACAGGGUUGGAAUCAUGUCUAUAACCAGGGUGGGUAUGGCUCUAGCUAUGGUUACGGUAAUGAUCAAUAUGGUAAUGGCUAUGGAUAUGAUAACUAUCAACAAUCCUGGGACUACCAGUCUGCUGAUUCAUUCGGAUCUUAUAACCAACAACCCUAUGGUGGGGGUCCCAUGCGCGGAGGUCCUCAGUAUUCUAGACCAGCACCAUACGGAGGUCCAAAUUCUUGGGGACAGCAGCGUUAA